UAUUCUCACAAAUCAUAUCAAACUUGUUGUAAAAUAGAGAAACAUUCCUUUAUAUUUACGAAUCCAGUUUAUUCAAACCUGACAGCAUUGUUUGAGCUUUCUCUUUGCCAGACAUGAAGACAAAGGCUUUGAAUUAAAUCUCCAAACAGGUUCACACCUUGUUAACGCCGCCAUUACUCUUCCUUUUACAUUUGCUGAUUGGUGAUUUACAUUUGCGGCCAAAUAGCAUCUUUACUGCUGUUUACCCAGGCUUGGGGGGGCAAAGAUGAGAGGAACCGGGGGCGGAUUUGAUAUAAAAAGUCGAACCUCCGGGAGUUAACAGUCAAUCCCAACUCCAAGAACAAGAGACUGAUGAACCGGGAGACUUCUCACUCAACAAAGAUGUUGCUGUUUGUGAUCAGAUUCGCCAUUUUCUUGCGCGUCAGCUCAGCGUGGCCUUCGCUCAGCCACCAGGAGGAUGAUUUUACCUCCGAGGACGAGCCGGAGGAGGUCCGCUCCGCGGCCAUCAAGAGGCUUUUGGAGGUCUUUGGAAUGGAGGACCCUCCUGCGGUCCAUGGACACAAACAGCCGCCUCAGUACAUGCUGGAUCUGUACAACACGGUUGCUGAUGUGGACGGUGUGACCAAGGACCCCUAUCUGCUGGAGGGGAAUACUGUGCGCAGCUUCUUUGACAAAUUGCGCAGUGAACAGGUGGAGUUCAGGUUCAAUUUGUCAAUAGUUGCAAGAACAGAGAAGGUUCUCACCGCAGAGCUUCAUCUCUUCAAGCUGCGCCCUCAGACAUCAUCCAGCAGACAUCACUUCUGUCAGGUCAGUGUUUAUCAGCUCCUGGACAACAGAAAGACCAACAGCACGCAGGGGAGGAAGCUGCUGUCCUCUCGGCUGGUCCCCGUCCACUCCACGGGUUGGGAAGUGUUCACCAUCACACAAGCUGUCCGCUCCUGGAUGCAGGAUGAAGGCAGCAACCUGGGGCUCCAAGUGGUGGUUCGGAGUCUGGGAGGAAGCCAGGUGGACCUGAAGCUGGUCCGCUUUGCUUCGGGGCGACACCACCACCAGAGCAAGCAGCCCAUGCUGGUUCUUUUCACCGAUGACGGCCGCCGCUCUGCUACGCUCGAGAGUCAGAAUCCCCAUGAGGUCAUUUCCACUUCCAUCCUCCCACAGAUCUCCAUGUCAGGCUCGCCGUCCCGCAGCGCUCGCUCCCUGGACCACGUGGACGAGGAAGGCCGGCUGAAGCCCUGCCAGCGCCUGCCUCUGUACGUCGACUUCGAGGAGAUCGGCUGGUCGGGCUGGAUCGUGUCUCCCCGGGGUUACAACGCCUAUCACUGCAAGGGCUCCUGCUCCUUCCCUCUGGGUCAGAACAUGAAACCGACCAACCACGCCACCGUCCAGUCCAUCAUCAACGCCCUGAAGCUGAUCAGAGGCAUCCAGACGCCGUGCUGCGUGCCCGACAAGCUGUUUUCCAUCAACUUGCUCUACUUUGAUGACGACGAGAACGUCGUUCUGAAACAAUACAACGACAUGGUGGCUGGAAGCUGCGGCUGCCACUGAACGCAGACUGUUUCUGCUGUGUGAACACACAGACACUAAAAUAAUGUACAUUCAGUUUUUAUUUGUAGACAACCUUUUUCCCUUCGACCCUGAAAUCAUAAGUAAUGUGCGAAAUUGUAUGUUGGACAUUGUAGUAUAUGUAAAUAUUCAUAAAUAAUAAUAAUAUAUGACUGUGAUGGAAGUGAUGUCCAGUGAAAUAUGUAAAUGUGUAUAUUUUAUUUUUCUGCUUUUUUACUGAUUUAGGCAAAAAUAAUAAAUGAUUUAUAA